UCAGCCUCCUUCAGUGUUGGAAUCACAGGCAUGUGCUACCACACUCGGUUUAGUCUUGUGCAUUGAUUGUUCUAUAUAUAUGUAAAUAAAAUGUGUGCACUGCUGGGAUGGAAUCCAAGGCCUCCUCGAGGCCAGAGGCCUUGCUGUGCUAGGCCAGCUCUCUACCACCAAGCUACACGCUAGCCUGAAUGAAAAGUUUUUUGCUUUUUUUUGGUACUGGGGAUCAACUCGGGUUCUUGUGCUUGCGAGGCAAGCAGCAGAACCACUGAGUUAAAUCCCCAGCCCUCUGGAUGAAAAGUUUUGAUUUCUUUGUCCCUUUUUUGAAGUAUGGCAGCAGACUAUAUAGACCUCUGCAUGCUGACAUUUUCCCAUGUCAUUUAUCGUGGAGAUCACCGUAAAUAUGUGCAGUUUCCUCAUUCUUUUAUGGCUGGGGUGUGGCCCAUCCUAUAUUUGCCUUUUGCAGAUUAAGAAACUAGGAUUCCAAAGGGCUCUAAGGUCACAUCUGGAAAAUAGCAAAGCCACGAUUUGAACCCAAGCCUGUUGUUCAUCACCCCCUCUUCGCACAUUUCAGGGGGGCAGAAGGAAAAAUGAGAGUAAGGAGGCCAGCUUAAGUGGGCUUUCAGCCUUGAAGAUCAGAGGAAUGAAUCAACUACCACCAAAAUGCAAAACCCCCUGCUGGAGAAUUCCCUCCAGGAGGGAGAGAAGGAGAAUAAAGAGAGUGAAAGUGUGUGAUGUAUGUCUGAGUCCCUGCCCUAAAUGUAACCUCUGUGUACUGCAAACAUGGACUAGUGAAAACAAAAAAAGGACUAUUUAAAGAAAAAAAAUCUACCAAAAAUGCACGCCCCUCUUUGUGGAGGGGUGAUGACGUGCUACAAACCUGGCUUCUGCUCCUGCUGAAAGUAACAGAGGAAAUGUACCUGGGAAGAAUGAAAACACUUCCUUUUUUUGUUUUGGGGUUUUGGCUGUGUGUGUGUGUGGUUGGGUGUUGUCUGUUUGUUUGUUUUUGAGACAGGGUCUCACUAUGUAGUUCAGGUAAGACUUGACCUCACUGUGCAGCCCAGGCUGGCUUCAAACUGACAGCCAUCCCGUUCCCUCAGCCUCCUGAGCACUGGAUUACAGGCCUGUGGCACUACACUCGGCAAAACAUCUCCAUUUGGAUCCAAGCAACCCAGGCCUCAGGAGAGGCUGAGUCACGACAAUGGGCUGUGGUGGAGGCUGUGCAUCGACUUGACCUCAUUCUUUGCAACAAAACUGCUUAUCAAGAAGUGUUCAAACCUGAGAACAUUAGCCUGAGGAACAAGCUGCGUGAACUCUGUGUCAAGCUUAUGUUCCUCCAUCCCGUGGACUAUGGGAGGAAGGCUGAGGAGCUGCUGUGGAGAAAGGUGUACUAUGAAGUUAUCCAGCUUAUCAAGACAAACAAGAAGCACAUCCAUAGCCGGAGCACCUUGGAAUGUGCCUACCGGACGCAUCUGGUUGCUGGCAUUGGCUUCUACCAGCAUCUCCUCCUCUAUAUCCAGUCCCACUACCAGCUGGAGCUGCAGUGCUGCAUUGACUGGACCCAUGUCACCGACCCCCUCAUCGGAUGCAAGAAGCCAGUGUUGGCCUCGGGGAAGGAGAUGGACUGGGCACAGAUGGCCUGCCACCGAUGUCUCGUGUACCUGGGGGACCUGUCACGCUAUCAGAAUGAACUAGCCGGUGUAGACACUGAACUGCUCGCUGAGAGAUUCUACUACCAGGCCCUGUCAGUAGCUCCCCAGAUUGGAAUGCCCUUCAACCAGCUUGGCACGCUCGCGGGCAGCAAGUACUACAACGUGGAGGCCAUGUACUGCUACCUGCGCUGCAUCCAGUCAGAAGUGUCCUUCGAGGGGGCCUAUGGGAACCUGAAGCGGCUGUACGAUAAGGCAGCCAAAAUGUACCACCAGCUGAAGAAGGGUGAGACUCGGAAACUCUCUCCUGGCAGAAAGCGAUGCAAAGACAUUAAGAGGUUGCUGGUGAACUUCAUGUAUCUACAGAGCCUCCUGCAGCCCAAAAGCAGCUCUGUGGACUCCGAGCUCACUUCGCUUUGCCAGUCAGUCCUGGAGGACUUCAACCUGUGUCUCUUCUACCUGCCCUCCUCACCCAGCCUCAGCCUGGCCAGUGAGGUGGAGGAGGAGUAUGAGGGCGGGUGUGCUUUCCUCCCAGACCUGCUCCUCUUUCAGAUGCUCAUCAUCUGCCUCAUGGGUGUGCACAGCCUGAAGAGAGCAGGAUCCAAGCAGUACAGUGCAGCCAUUGCUUUCACCCUGGCCCUCUUCUCCCACCUCGUCAACCAUGUCAACAUUCGGCUGCAGGCUGAGCUGGAGGAGGGCGAGAACCCCGUCCCAGCGUUCCAGAAUGAUGGCGCAGAUGAGGCAGAGUCCAGGGAAGCACUGGAGAAAGAGGAGGAAACGGACCCCGAGCCGCCUCCCAUGGCACCCCACAUUGCUGGAGGCAGAAAGAACCGGAAGUUCUCGCGCCUCUCCUGCCUCCGCCGCCGCCACCACCGCCGCCCACCCAACGCUGGUGAUGACAGUGACUUGAGUGAAGGCUUUGAAUCAGACUCAAGCUGUGACUCAGCCCGGGCCAGUGAAGGCUCGGACAGCGGCUCUGACAAGAGUCUAGAAGGUGGGGGCACAGCCUUUGAUGCUGAGACAGACUCAGAAAUGAACAGCCAGGAGUCCCGGUCAGACCUGGAAGACAUGGAGGACGAGGACGGGACCCGGUCCCUAGCCCUGGAGCCGCCUCGGGCCAGAUCAGAGGCUCCCGAGGCCCUCAACGGCUCUCUGGGCCCCAGUGAGGCUAGCAUUGCCAGCAAUCUGCAAGCCAUGUCCACCCAGAUGUUCCAGACCAAGCGCUGCUUCCGACUGGCCCCUACCUUCAGCAACCUGCUCCUGCAGCCCCCCGCUGCCCCUCAGGGCUUGGCUGGCUGCAGGCCCUGUGUCAAUGGGGAUGUGGAUAAGCCCUCAGAGCCAGCCUCUGAGGAGGGCUCGGAGUCGGAGGGCAGCGAGUCCAGCGGGCGCUCGUGCCAGAAUGAGCGCAGCCUGCAGGAGAAGCUGCAGGUCCUGACCGCCGAGGGCCUGCUCCCUGCUGUGAAGGUUUUCCUGGACUGGCUGCGGACCAACCCCGACCUCAUCGUCGUGUGCGCACAGAGCUCUCAGAGUCUGUGGAAUCGCCUGUCUGUGUUGCUGAAUCUGUUGCCUGCUGCUGGUGAGCUCCAGGAGUCUGGCCUGGCCCUGUGUCCUGAGGUCCAGGAUCUCCUGGGAGGCUGUGAACUGCCGGACCUCCCCUCCAGCCUGCUGCUCCCAGAGGACAUGGCGCUGCGCAACCUGCCUCCCCUCCGGGCUGCUCACAGGUGCUUUAACCUGGAUGCGGACCGGCCCCUGCUCAGCACCUUGGAGGAGUCGGUGGUUCGCAUCUGCUGCAUCCGGAGCUUCGGGCACUUUGUGUCCCGCCUGCAAGGCAGCAUCCUGCAAUUCAACCCAGAAGUCGGCAUCUUUGUCAGCACGGCCCAGGCGGAGCAGGAGAGCCUGCUGCAGCAGGCCCAGGCGCAGUUCCGCAUGGCGCAGGAGGAGGCCCGGCGCAACCGGCUGAUGCGGGACAUGGCCCAGCUGCGGCUUCAGCUCGAAGUCUCUCAGCUGGAAGGCAGCCUGCAGCAACCCAAGGCUCAGUCGGCCAUGUCUCCCUACCUCGUCCCUGACACCCAGGCCCUCUGCCACCACCUCCCUGUCAUCCGCCAGCUGGCCACCAGUGGCCGCUUCAUUGUCAUCAUCCCAAGGACAGUGAUUGAUGGCCUGGAUUUGCUGAAGAAGGAGCACCCGGGGGCCCGGGACGGCAUCCGUUACCUGGAGGCGGAGUUUAAGAAAGGAAACAGGUACAUUCGCUGCCAGAAGGAGGUGGGGAGGAGCUUGGAGCGGCACAAGCUGAAGCGGCAGGACGCGGACGCCUGGACCCUCUAUAAGAUCCUGGACAGUUGCAAGCAGCUGACUCUGGCCCAGGGGGCAGCAGAGGAGGACCCGAGCGGCAUGGUGACCAUCGUCACAGGCCUUCCGCUGGACAGCCCCGGGGCGCUCUCGGGCCCCAUGCAGGCCGCCCUGCAGGCCGCUGCCCAUGCCAGCGUGGACAUCAAGAACGUUCUGGACUUCUACAGGCAGUGGAAGGAGAUGGGCUGAGGCUGGCCCGCCUGCAGAGCACACCCCCCUGCUCUCCCGGCCAGGGCGCCUCCUGUAGCCCCCAGCAGCGCCGGAGCCCCAGCCAGCUGGGGGGCGGGGGGGGUCCCCCUGUUGCCAAGGCGAUGGCAGGAGCCCUGGGCAGGUGCUUGGAGCAGGAGAGGCGGGCGCGGGCGUUUGUUUGGCCGCAGCGGUCGGGUCGCUGGACUGCGGCUGGGGCGGCAGUGGCAGCCUCCAGGCUCAGGCGGACGGCGGCGGUAGCAGGUGUCCGUGGUGUCUGAGACCCUCCUGCCUCCCUCCGGGCCGGGGGUCUGGAGCCAGCUGUGAGCUCUAGGGAAACGGGCUUCCCGCCUGCCCUGUGGCUCGGAGCGGGGCCCUGCGCACUGCCCCGCUGCGGGAUGUGGCCCGCGUGCCCCGCAGGUGCUGGGCUGUGCUGGGCAGAAGGGCGCCACCAAGAGAGAAGGGGCGCAGGAGGCCGCCACCCCGGUCUGUCGAGAGGCCCGAGGACCCGGGGCCGGCUCGCUGGGCAGCAGGAGGGCCGCCCUCCCGGGACGGCGGGAGCAGAGGUCAGGGGCAGUGAGCAGGCCUGGCCGCUCUCUUUCCAGGCCGUGCUCCGAGAGGAGGUUGCCUCCUGCCCGCUUCCUCCGCGAUAGUGUCCAGAGAACGGGGGGUGGGGGGAUGGGGAUGGGGUCGCCCCAGUUCCUGGCAGGUUGAGACGAAAGCAUCACUAAAUAAAGACCCCGAGUCCGUC